AUGUCAACCGUCUUCCCACAACCAACCCUGUCACCUGUCAUCCCACCCUCACCCCUUCUGCACCCUGUCAUCCGUCUUCCCUGCAACCAUCCCUGUCACCAGUCUUCCCACAAACAUCACCCCCCACCCUGUCACCUGCCUCCCCACAACCCUCACCCCCUACCCUGCCAUCCGUCUUCCCUCACCCCCACCCUGUCACCUGUCUUCCCACAAAACCUCAACCUCACCUCUGUCACCCGUCAUCCCUCACCCUUACCCUGUCAUCCGUCUUCCCACAACCCUCACCCCACCCUGUCACCUGUCUUCCCACAACCCUCACCCCCACCCUGUCACCUGUCUUCCCACAUCUCUCUCACCCCCCAACCUGUCAUCCGCCUUCCCACAACCCUCACCCCCACCCUGUCACCUGUCUUCCCACAACCCUCACCCCCAACCCUGUCACCUGUCUUCCCACAUCUCUCACCCCCACCCUGUCACCCGUCUUCCCACAACCCUCACCCCCACCCUGUCACCUGUCUUCCCACAUCCCUCACCCCCACCCUGUCAUCCGCCUUCCCACAACCUUUCACCACCCACCCUGUCACCCAACUUCCCACAUCCCUCACCCCACCCUGUCACCUGUCUCUCCCUCACCCCCAUCCCUGUCACCCGUCUUCCCACAUCCCUCGCCCUGUCAUCCGUCUUCCCAAACCCCCACCCCCACCCUGUCACCCAUCUUCCCACAACCCUUUAUCCCCACCCCCUGUCACCCGUCUUCCCACAUCCCUCACCCCCCACCCUGUCAUCCGUCUUCCCAAACCCCUCACCCCCACCCUGUCACCCGUCUUCCCACAUCCCUCACCCCCACCCUGUCACCCGUGUUCCCAUACCCCUCACCCCCGCUCUGUUACCUGUCUUCCCAUACCCCCCACCCCCACCCUGUCACCCGUCUUCCCACAACCCUCAUCCCCACCCUGUCACCCGUCUUCCCCACAACCCUCAACCCAACCCUGUCACCCGUCUUCUCAAACCCCUCACCCCUGCUCUGUUACCCGUCUUCCCAUACCCCCACCCCCCACCCUGUCACCCGUCUUCCCACAACCCUCAUCCCCACCCUGUCACCCGUCUUCCCACAUCCCUCAGCCCAACCCUGUCACCCGUCUUCUCAAACCCCUCACCCCGCUCUGUUACCCGUCUUCCCAAACCCCUCACCCCACCCUGUCACCCGUCUUCCCAAACCCCUCACCCCCACCCUGUCACCCGUCUUCCCAAACCCUCAUCCCCACCCUGUCACCCGUCUUCCCAAACCCUCACCCCCACCCUGUCACCCGUCUUCCAACAUCUCUCACCCCCACCCUGUCACCCGUCUUCCCAUACCCCUCAGCCCCGCUGUUACCCGUCUUCCCAUACCCCUCACCCCCCAUCCUGUCACCCGUCUUCCCACACCCCCUACCCUGUCACCCGUCUUCCCACAACCAUCACCCACACCCGGACAUGCCUGAUUAA